AUGCAUGAGUGAGGAUGAUGAAGUGAUUCUGCCAAAGAAUGCCUCUUUGUUGAAGCUGCCCAGCACACAGCCUGCAACCCAAGUUACCAAAAAUACAUCCCAGCCCACAAAGAGCCACUCACAGCCAUCGAAGACUAACCUUCUCCACUCCCCUUCCAAAAAUAUAGCUAAAGCCAGUCCCACCUCUGCUGGACCCAAUCCUCAUUCCAAGAAAAUGGACUAUGUACAACCCAAUACAAGGUCCUCCCAGCCCACACAGAAGCCCAUUAACAAGCCCAGUUCUCAGUCCACCAAAACGUGCAGUUCUCAGCCCACACAAAAGCCCAAAUCCCAGCCCAAGUUCCAACAAAAAAGUUUCUCUCAACCUGCAAAACCUUGCACUGAUCCUUUGAAACCUGUUGUUAAACCAAGAAGUGGCCAUCAACCUCCAAAGAAGUCACAUGCUCAAAAUAAGAACAAAGACCCUCUACAAUUCAUAAGGUCUGGUCGACCUGUUAAACCACCCCCAAUUCAAGAUGAUAGUGACUCUCAUGACUCAUAUGAGAGUACUGAGGACAGUCUGUAUAAAUUCACUAAAGUCUUGGGAGAUCUCAGUGACACUGACAGUGGCAAUGAUGACUUCAACAGUAGAGGGCCAAGAAAAAUUGGCUGUGACUCCUGGCACUCGGAAGAUAUGGAUAAGGUGUUGGACUUUGAUGAAAAGGAAGCUACUGUAUAUCCACCAUACAAUGAAAAGGCAAAGUUCGAAAACCUCAAACUUGAGGCUAAGGUGAGAGGAAGGCCACCCAAGCUUCAUGUUUCCAAGGGAAAAGAAAAAAGGGCUAUCUCUCCCCAACCUGCUACAACAACUGCAAUAAUUCCAAUUUCUGCUGGAAUAAUCAAAGGAUCUAGUGCCGUGACAACCAAGAAGCUUGCAAGUCUCAUGACCUUUGUGCCGACUCCGGGGUUCAAACGGCCAAGGAAGAAAGAUAACACUAUCUGAAGACCAUCAUCAGAACAUAUUUUUUUUUUUUUUUUUUUGUAUAAGGCUAUAGAUUAGAAAAGAUAUCAUGGUGUAAAACACUAUCAAAUCUCACUGUUUUGUAAGGCCUUUAUUUUGGAUGUAUGUUUUGCCUUGGUAUGUAGAGUUUUUGAGAAAUCACUUUUAGUUUUAGGAACUU